AUGACAUAUGCCUUCAGUUCAUAUGUAGCAGAAAUGACAUCGAUACUUUUAUGUCAUCCACAUUCUUUGAGCAGAAUUUCGUUGACAAAUAGAUUUUUUCCUUCGCAAUAUAUAUGGAAACGUAAUGUUUCUACAUUACUUUAUCAAAAACAUGAUAAAGAUCAACAGGUGGACAUUUUAUUAAAUAUUAAAAAAAAUAGUUACUCCAUCUCGACACCAGUUCGUUUCUUGUUUAAUUUAAAAAAUCAGAAUAUAUCAUAUUUCAAUGAUUAUUUGACACCUGUAUAUCUUGUUGAACAAAAACGUUUUCGUAAAUUGAAAUAUGGUUUUGGUUAUGGAAAUUAUGGACAUAAAAAAAUUCGACCACCCGGUCAUUUUGUUACACAAUGGUUUGGCUUUAUAUUUGGUAUAGCCUCAGCCGUUUCUCUUGUUAUUUAUUUAACGAGAAAAGAAUUCAGUGAUUCCUAUGAAAAUUCGUCACAAUCUCAACAUAUACCACGUCGACCGCAUGAAUAUCAAAAACGUUUAGAUCAAUUUUUUGAUGUCAAAGCAGCGACUAUAAAUGAAUCGCUUAAAUCCACAACAGAAGACGAUAAGAAGAGGGAAGAAGGGAACGAGAGUACAAUUUAUAUGACACCGGCCGAUUUUCUUCGUUCAAUCACACCUGGUUUAAAGCAACCCGACGGUUUAGAAUUAGACAAAUUUCGUAAGUUUGAUCCACGUGAAGACAGUUGGGAAAAAUCAUUAAAUACCCAUUUAUCUUAUUCGAUGAAAGAUGAUGGACAAUCAUCGAUAUUUGAACGUAUUGGUGGUAAACAAUGUUUAAUCACAUUUUCUGAUUUCGUUUUUCUCGUUACAUUACUUUCUACACCAGCUCGCUAUUUUAAUAUUGCUUUUCAAAUGUUUGACCUGGAUGGUAAUGGCAAUUUUGAUUAUGAUGAAUUUUUAAAAUUAAAAAAUUUAAUUCGCUCACAAACGACUGUUGGACAAAGACAUCGUGAUCACGCAACAACAGGCAAUAUCUUGAAAGAAACAAGUAUUUUGAAUAAAUAUUUUUUUGGUGAAAAUCUUGAUCAAACAUUAUCGAUACAUAAAUUUUUGGAAUUUUAUGAACAAUUGCAAAAUGAAAUAAUACAUUUAGAAUUUAAUUGUUUUACAAAAUCACCUGUAAAUCCAAAUAAUAUAACCGAAUACGCUUUCAGUCAAGCAUUGUUGGCUUAUAGUGGCUUAUCAGAUAAUCAUACUAAGAAAAUGUUGAAACGUAUAAAAAAAGCAUAUCCUAUUGACACAUCAAUUGGUAUUAGUUUUGAUGAUUAUCAAAAUUUUAAUAAUUUUAUUCGAAAUAUUUAUGAUAUCGACACGGCAUUAACAUUUUUCAAUGUUGCAGGUGGAGCAAUUGAUAAACAAAUAUUUCGCCAUGUUGCUAAGACAGCGGCUAAAAUUAACUUGGAUCAACAUUUAAUCGACGUUGUGUUCACAUUAUUUGAUGAAAAUGAGGACGAAAAAUUAUCAAAUACUGAAUUUGUGAAUUUAAUGAAAAAUCGACUCGAACGAGGUUUACAAAAACCAAAAGACACCGGCUUUAUGAAAAUCUUUGCAGCUAUUACAGAAUGUGCAAAAGAAACUAUUUUUUAA